AUGUCCAGGAUUGCGCCCCUGGGACCGUCACUGUGCCCGAAUCAACACACUGGGCUUUUACCUUAUCCUUCGGAUUGCUCCAAGUUUGUCAAUUGUUGGAAAGGCAGGUCUCAUAUCCAGGAUUGCGCCCCUGGGACCGAGUACAACCAGAACUUGGGCCAAUGUGAUUUCCCUUCCAAGGCUAAAUGUCGGCCUAAGGUUCAAGACCUGCCCGAGCCUCUAUACGAUGCCGUGAUUCAAGCCCGAUCUUCCUUACCUAUUGAUGGAUUCGUUCAACCUAGUCCGCCUUCAGGUCAAAAAGUUCGACUCCGAGGAGGUAAGGGACCCUUUGCUGGUUAUCUGGAGAUGUCCAAGAAUAAUGAAUGGGGCCUGGUUUGUGAUGCUGGAACUUGGACCAUUGACGAGGCAAGAUUGGUUUGCAAAGAUCUGGGAUUUGCCCGAGGCGUCAGGUCGACAACACAGGGUUUGAUUUAUGGACCAGUUGACGAAUCUCGCAAAAUAUCCGAAGAGGUCACAUGCCGUGGCGAUGAGACUUCAUUUGAUCAAUGUGAUGUGGUCUACUCAAGUCCAAACACCGGGGGAUCCUGCAAGCUUGCGUCUGAAAUCGUGUCAAUUAGAUGUGCCAUCGACAGUACGGCGGUGUGUCUCGAAGGUGAGAUCCCAUGGGGAGACUCAUGCUACUCGCUCUAUUUUAACCGCAGUACCUUUCACGAGGCCCAAGAAACCUGUCAGAGGGAUGGGAAAUAUUUGGCCGAAAUCACAGACCAACAAGAGAAUGAUAUCCUCAGUGAACUCCUCAUUCAAAAUCGACUCUCUCCUGGGCUGUUAGCCGAAGUAUGGACCGGUGGAAUUGGUGGAGGAAAUCGUCGCUCACCCUUGUACUACUGGCAUGGAUCCCGACAAAAGAUUGGAAUGUUUCGUAAUUGGUGGCCGGGAUGGAGUGGAGAGAGAAAAGGCAUUGAUUUACAAGGCAGCUCCAAGGCAGUCAAGCUUAGUCGGAAGUUUGACUUUGUCCAAAAAUAUAAGAAGGAAGAGAAAUUAACAGAUUAUUACUUUUGGGCUCUGGAUGACUUUCGAGCCCGCUUAGCGUUCUUAUGUGAACGAAAACAGGCCGAAAUUGGAUGCAUUGAAGGACAAGGCGAGUCCUAUCGUGGCAAUGCUAACAUCGGAGAGUCGGGAGAUCCUUGCAUGCCUUGGGAUUCACCUCAACUCUCUUUUGUGCUGGAUCCACAUCUAAUUCCAAAUUUGGGACCACUCAAUGGAAACAACUUCUGCCGAAAUCCAGAUGGUGAUUCUGCACCUUGGUGCAUUGCUCCUAAUGGAGAAUUCGAUUACUGCGACAUUCCCCAAUGCAAAGACCAAGAGCACACGCCCAUCGAUUUGCCGGAUAUCAUUGACCAAGAGCAAAAGGUAUCCACUUGCAAAGGGAACCAAUUCCAAUGUGACACGGAUCAGACAGAAUGCAUCCUGUCGGUUUACGUUUGCGAUGGCCAUGAUGAUUGUUCUAAUAGAGCUGAUGAGCUCAAUUGCCAAGGAAGAGAGAUCGAUAAUUAUGCCACAUAUGAGGGGCAACGGUUGGCAGUCCCCUACUUGGAACGAUGGCUCCACCAAACGGUAGAAGCAUGCGCUCUUCACUGCAAGAAUGCACGGGGCUUUGAUUGCAAAUCCUUUUCGUACCAAAAAGAGCGAAGAAUUUGCACACUUCAUGCCGUAACGGUGGGAACCACGGGCAAACUCAAACUUGACUUCCAAUGGGAUUAUUAUGAAUUGAAGAAAGAGGCGUCAAAUUGUCCCAAGUAUCUUCAAUGCCCAAACCUAAAAUGUCUGUCGGAGAAUCAGAUAUGCGACGGAAAGUUCGAUUGUGGUGAAGGAAGCACUUUUGACGAGAAAUCUUGCGAGACCAAGCCCAACCUUGAGAUACGGUUAACUGAUGGCAAAACUACAAGUGAGGGGAAGAUCGAGAUCCGGGCUUUCGACUAUCCUUUUGGAGGUAUUUGUGACGAUGGGUUUGGCUUGGCUGAGGCCAAUGUGGUUUGUCGUCAAUUAGGCUUCACACAAGGAGCUUUAGAGGCAUUGAAUAACUUGGCGGGAAUUCGUCAACGGCCUAUUGUUUUGGAUGAGGUACAAUGCCAAGGGAACGAGUCUAGUCUUUUGGAAUGCUCUUUCCAACCCUGGAUGUAACAUGAUUGUCAAGCAAAUGAGUGGGCUGGUGUCAGAUGCAAGGACCAUUCCCGCGAAUGCAAUACCAAUGAGCAAUGGCAAUGCCAGAGUGGAGAAUGCGUCCCCUACGACUUCCUUUGUGACGGCAGAUCUGAUUGCUCGGAUGGCUCUGAUGAAAGUCGUGCUGGAUUUUGCGAGGAACCCUUGGCAGUCAGAUUGAUCAAUGGUAAUAA